CACACGCGUAAUUUCUCCUAGAGGUAAUUUCCGAUUGGCAAAAAACUAUACCUCAACUAGUACUAACCUAGCUCCUUCAAGUAUGUUUUGCUUGCCCAAAUUCAGGGGUGGAUAGGCAGAGUGUAGACAGAAGUAAAGUUUACAAAGAGGCUGGUAUCCGUCCAUUGCAUGCCUGGAGUCUUUGGCAAUGUGUGUCAGCAAAGGUCCAGACCGCGAAAACAGAUACACCUCGAUACUCGCCCAACACUCUUGUUUUGUCUCAACGCCUCAGACCCGUCUACCGUGAGAAUCGGGAGAAUUACACGCCGCACUCAAUAUGGUGCUCUAUGAGGACCGCGGACCGAACGUAGCCGCGGCUGUCAUCACGAUGUAAGUCAGAAACAGGGUGUCUCUUAUUCCCGCACUAUCUAUCUUCUAGAUGAUACCUACCAGACCCUCCCCUUCCUCGCGUUGGACGCCCAUAUCAUCCAGCGUCACUUUUACCCCAAUAUCUACCUACCAUCCGUCUCCGGCAACAUCUGUUCUAGAAGCAUGCCACAGUUGGGAAUUCUCAGCAUGCUUACUUUGGUUUUUCUUUAAUCAGAUGUGUUCUCGGCUACAUCACCUACGUUCUCCGAGUCUACACCCGAUUACGAUAUGCAGCAUGGGGUAUAGAGGACUGGUGCAUGACCGCGGCACUACCUUGCUUUACCGUGCUUUCGAUAGGUUGUAUUGCUUGCGGCUUCACAGGUAUUGGCGCCACAAAUGCAACCCUGGCACUGCCGGAAAACCAAAAGUACCAUGAGAUAGGACUAUUCUGGUUCUUCAUGUUUGAAGUUUUUUACUGCGUCAACAUCAUUCCUGUCAAGCUGUCCAUUAGUCUGGCGCUCAUUCGAAUCGCCGAGAACCGAAAAGGCUUUAUUUACGUGCAAUACGGUGUCAUGACUAUGUUCACCAUUAUGAACAUGAUUGCGGGCUUCUACAUCAUCUUCCAAUGCAAUCCAGUCAGCGCGGCCUGGGAUACAGAUGCCAUACAAGAUGGGGCGAAGUGUAACCCCGCGGAGUACUUGGCGGACAUUUACUAUGCCACAACUGCGGUCAAUAUCUUUACAGACUGGGUCACUGCUUUCAUGCCUAUCCCGCUGCUCUGGAACGUUCAGCUGAACCGAAACACCAAGAUUUCUGUUAUUUGCGUGCUGGGCCUGGGCUUCUUUGCCUCCAUAUCGGCCUGUGUCCGGCUCAAAUAUACCGUCAACCUCACAGCCCAAGAGAACUACCUCUAUGCACUUGCUGAUAUUGUGAUUUGGGGUUAUGCCGAAAACGGCAUGGGACUGAUUGUAGGCUGCUUGAUGACACUGCGCCCACUCCUUCGCGAGGUGUUGAGGUUGGGCGGCGACACUUCCCAUAAACAGAGCAAUGGCACAAGCGGUGCCGGCUAUGGUUUCGGCACCAAGGGCACGCAGCGCCGCACCCAAAAUGAGCCCGAUGACGACUACGAGCAGCCUAGCGAUAGUAGGGGGCAUGCGUCCUCCUCAAACGGCUACGGAAACGGCAUAAUCUUGACAGAGAUCUCCGCGGGAGAACGCCAAGAUGACGACUACUCCAGCUUCGAGACCGAGAGUCAAAAGAAGAUAUUGAUUACGGAUGACGAGGCACCUGGGGGCAUCAUGGUAACUCGACAUGUCAAGCUAUCCCGCAAUGAUUAGGAUGGAAUGGGCAUGGAGGACGGGAGGCUGUAUUAUUUGGAAGAUUUGUGAUUUGUUUGGGACUAUUGGAAGGCACAGCGUUAAUAGAGAUAUCUUAGGUUCUACAUGAGUGAAAAAUACCACUCCUUUUUCUUCUCUUCAGA